AAUAUUUCUUCGCUGGUACAUGCCUUGUUCUGUUCAUUUUAUCGCUUAUCGUACACACUGGAUAUACAGACAGGUAAGAAAAUGUCUCAUCAAUUUCUUUUCGACCAAUCACACGUGAAUUUAAUUUUGUUAUGACAAACACAGGGCUAACCAAUAAAAAUCGAGCAUCGAAUAAUUCUGUUGCUAGAAUGCAAACACCUUAUGGCUCAGAAAUUUAGUUGUCAGCACACUGCUUCUGCAUAUUUUGUAGUACAGAUGAUAAGUGACUAAUAUAUCUUAGGUACUGAAGAAGAUAUAUAUAAGGAAUUAUUUCUCUCAAUGAAUGGAUACAGGAUGGGGGUACCAAGCUAUUCGGUUAAUAUUGUCGUUGAAGAAAGCAUUUAUCUUUUUUUAUCGCUGAACAUCAAUUAUUUUAAUAUUAUUUUUCAGAAUAUGGAGUAGAAGGUAAACCUUUAGUACAAGGAAAUUCUGUUCUAUUUAUGCAUCCUGAAUACAUUCCACCUAUUCAUCCAAUGGCUAAUAAAUUUUCGAAAUAUCAUGUCACAACUUCUUCCAAACUAAUGGAUCCAUGUUAUGAAGCUUUUCUGUUCAUGACACAGACUCAUGAUGUUGUUGUUCGUGUCACAUUGUUUAAAGAUUCAGAAACUGAAAGUGACACAUUUCAAUGUAUCUGUGAUCCAUACAUCAAUUUAAUGCGUUCUUAUUUUCCUGUCAGUGAACUGAAUACAAUGCAGAAUUUUGUAGAAAAACAAAUAUGGACAUCAAUAGAAAAACAAUUUAAACUUGAUGAGUGAAUAUUGUAUAGAAAUGUUAAAUUUAUCUCAAAAUAGAUACCUGAUGCUUAUCUUUUUUUUCUGAGUGUAUAUACAUUUGUGUACAUUGUGAACAAACUUUGCAUGAUAGUCGAUUUCAUUGGUUGUUAACACUCACCUUAUCUGACGAUACAAAUUAUUCUUUUUUUUGUAUAGUUAACUUGAUGAUUAAUUCAAAUAAGCAACUAUUGUUGUCUUAA